AUGAAAUCCAGGGCAGGCAUGGAAGCCCUUAUCAACGACCACCAGAGCCAGAGCCUUGAUAUGCUCCUCAUACAGGAGCCACCAAUGACGGUGUACCGAACCCACGUGAACCACAGCGCCUGGAAACUCUAUCGCCCGACAUACUCUGACGAAUCACCCCGAUACCGCAGCCUCCUCUACGUAAAUAAACGCAUCUUAACCUCGUCGCACCGCCAGAUUCGCUGCAACCACCCGGACGUGGUAGCGGUCAAAUUAUGGACAGUAGAGAUACAAUACCUGGUCUUCUUAGUCUACAUCCCACCGCUAGACAUAUACCAAACGGAAGACACAACCCCAACUGAACCCGCAAUCGAGGAGAUUAAGAAAUCCAUUCAGCGACACUCAAGAGAUGCGGGGAAAGUAACAAGACUUAUCCUCACCGGAGACUUUAAUCGACAUCACCCAGCCUGGAGCCAUCGCCCGGUCCACCGGGUCUUUACCAACCAAGCAGAAGAGCUGAUCAACUUCUUCCAAACCCACCCCGGGAAGGCAUCAGUCCUCGACUUAACCCUCACCGACAACCCCACGAAGCUCAUCAAAUGCCAGUUGUACCACGAUAACUACGGGUCUGACCAUCGGGGAACAUACUCGGAAUGGGACCUACGACCAGAAGAGAGCAGAACCCCCAAGCCUAGGAGAGCAUACGACCGAGCCAACUGGGAGGAAGUCGGACGGAGCAUACUAGAAACACUAGGCGAACCCACGAAUAUUGCCACAACCGCAGAUCUCGAUCGCGAAGUCCAACGUCUAAUUGAGGCUACAACCAGCGCCCUUGACGAACAUAUACCCCUACAGAAACCAUCGCCAUAUUCCAAGAGAUGGUUUACCCCCGAACUCAAAACCCAACAAGUGGCUGUCAACCAACUACGCAGGAAGUGGCAAGAGAGCUGUGCUACCAAGGGCCUAAUAGACCCAAAUACGGUAGCCCUGUUCCAGGACAUGCGUUAA